ACGUUGAGCAGCCGGGAACACGCUUCUCACUCGGUAGCCUAUUUAGUGAGAGGAAGUGUGCCAGCGUUCAGUGGGACAUUAAUUCCAUUUUUUGUGGUUUACAGUUACCACUUUUCCAUCGGAACCAUCACAAUGUCGAACGGGAACUGGAAACCAUUCAUCUUCGGGGGAUUAGCCUCGGUUACGGCUGAAUGUGGCACGUUUCCAAUUGACUUGACCAAAACCCGGCUUCAAGUCCAGGGUCAAGUCUGCGAUAGCAAAUACAAAGAGAUCCGCUACCGAGGAAUGUUGCACGCGAUGGGCCGAAUAUGCAAGGAGGAAGGUCUUCGAGCUAUGUAUUCUGGAAUUUCACCGGCAAUGUUACGACAAGCCUCCUACGGCACGAUUAAGAUUGGUACAUACCAGAGUUUCAAAAGGCUGCUGGUGGACAGUCCAGACGAUGAGACACUGCUGACUAACGUGAUGUGUGGUGUCCUCUCGGGUGUCAUCUCCUCCUCCAUUGCCAACCCUACUGAUGUCCUGAAGAUUCGGAUGCAGGCUCAGGGAAAUCUCAUUCAGGGAAGCAUGAUUGGAAACUUCAUUAACAUCUAUCAGCAGGAGGGAACAAGGGGCCUGUGGAGGGGGGUGUCCCUCACUGCCCAGAGAGCUGCGAUUGUGGUGGGCGUCGAGCUUCCUGUCUAUGACAUCACCAAGAAGCACCUGAUUCUCUCUGGCCACAUGGGGGACACAGUGUAUACCCACUUCCUGUCCAGUUUUGCGUGCGGCCUGGCAGGAGCGCUGGCGUCCAACCCCAUCGACGUGGUGCGCACCCGCAUGAUGAACCAGCGGGCAGUGCUGGACGGCUCGUGUGGAGGCUACAAGGGCACGCUGGACUGCCUGCUGCAGACAUGGCGAUCAGAGGGGUUCCUGGCUCUCUACAAGGGCUUCUUUCCAAACUGGCUGCGACUGGGACCAUGGAACAUCAUUUUCUUCCUCACCUACGAGCAGCUGAAAAAGAUUGACGUGUAAGACACUUCAUCACCAUGAGGAAGAGGAUAGGGAGGAGAAGUGGAAGAAGAGGAGAGUGGCACGCCAAUGCCUCACCAAACCGUACCGAGCGUAGAACCCGGGGAGAGUGGAUUGACCGAGGUAGCCAGAUGCCCAUCUCAUGCCAGUCGGGCCCCACCUGUCUGCCCACCCUGCCAACCAUAGCUGUCAGAAGUGUCGCCAUACUUCCCCCUUAUGCUGCCCAGGCUGAGGGGCAUAUGCCUCGUCACAGUACCCCCCUCCACACACGUGGUUCUUGCUCCAGCAUAGCUGGCAUGCUGCUCUACAUACGCCAGGCUUGUGUGUCUGCAUCUGUCUGCUUAUUAAGGCCGUGGUAGAAGCUGCACCUCCAGAGAAGCUUAUUUCUGGACGCGGCAUGGCUCCGCCGCAGCAGCAGUGUCUGGUUGGCGGCUUUCCAGGGAGCGACGCGUCCGUCUCGCUGGGGGUCUGUGUGGCCGUCAGGUGACGCCUGAUGAGAGCUAUAGAUAAGGACGGAAGAUAUGGAAUGUGUACAAACACAGGGAAUUUUUAUCGUGUUCUGUUAUAUAACAGAGAAUGUGUUAACGUGUUGACAAAGUCUAGUCGGCUAGAUUAUCUUGUCACCCCCCCCUCCAAACUAAUUUUGGAAUGAAAUUAGAGUGACCCUCAUCGGAUGCCCUAUAAAGAAGGGCUACACACUGUUUAAAUGUCAAAGUUAAAAACUACUAAUCAUAAUUUGCCACUUUCUGAAAGGACCAAAGCGUAAGUGUUGCGUUUUUGUUUGUUUAUUUGUUUUCGUUUCUACUCCCACACUAUGAAUCCCAAUCCUUCAAUUCAUACUAAUCGUGCCACAUGUCUAGAGGGUCCAGAGGUGAAUGUCCGUGUGCCUUGGUCUUCUUUUUUAGAUGAGUUUCACACUCCUUGACCCCCUCUAUACUGCAUUUCAGCCAAUUCAUUUGAGUCUUCUGGUACACUAGUUUAAUGUGCGUCCUCAUUUUAAACUUGUAAAAAAACAAAUUGUAGGGAGAUCACAAAAGUCACCUGAGGAGCACUAUGAAAUAGCCCAACAUAACAUUCAAAGCUUUGUUAGACAAUAAGAAAAUUAUGAAAUGUUGACCUUAGGACCAGAGACUACUGUAAACUGGCUGCAUUGUACUGGCAAUUGAACCUGAAGCACUUGACACUGUUUUUGUUUUCUUUUUUCUCUCUGAUAUGGAGCGUAUAAGAGGACAAUGAUUUCACAUGUUUUGGUGGGUGUAUGUUGUAACUAGGGGUGUAUGUUGUAACUAGGGGUGUGUGUGUGUGUCUGCUGGCCAUGAUGAACCUCUCAAAAGAACUAUAUGUGCUGCAGCCUGCCCUUACUGAAGAGCUGGAGGUGUUUUAUUUCGAGUAGUGUUAUGUAAGCACCAUCACCACCAGCUAGAUAGAAGGGCAGAAACCUACUACGCCCGCUGUGCCACCCCUAUAACCUACUUGUACACGGCUCAAAUGUCAGGGUCUUGGGUACGUCCUGUCCAGAGCCAUCCUGUUAAGUGAUGGUGAGCUGCAGUCAUAAGACAAGAGUAUUACUGUGCAAUGACCAUUUAAAUGAUGACCAAAGCUGUGGCCAGUAUUCUUGGAAAUGUGUACACAUUUAGAAAGAGUUGGGAAUAUGAAUCUAUGUACUUGUAUCAUGACAAGUUGAAAUAUCAUUCUAAAUAAAUUAUUGCUGUUAACCAUA